GUGUCCUCCUCCCCACUGUACAACUGGUGACAGAACAUCUCUUCCAACAAGGCAGCAAGAGCCCCAAAGGCUCUUUAGAUUCUUCCGCUGUGUUGUUUUGUCUUACUUGGGUAUUCGAGAAACAGCCACAAUGAAUUUCCUGCGAAGGCGCCUCUCAGAUAGUAGUUUUGUGGCCAACUUGCCAAAUGGUUACAUGAUGGACCUUCAGCGUCCCGAUAAUUCCACCAGCAAUCCUGUUUCCCCAGCAACAGAGAGGAGGCAGCAGCCUGUACAGCAACCUGCUUCUGUUUCUUCUGGUACCAGUAUCUUUAGUUCCAUCUCCAGUGCCAUGAAGCAGACCACGCAAGCAGCUGCAGGGCUCAUGGAGCACACAGCAAGCCCUACCCCUGUAGUCCUGCAGAGACCCCAAAUCCUCUUGGUAAUUGACGAUCCGCACACUGAUUGGUCUAAAUAUUUUCAAGGGAAGAAGGUGAAUGGGGAAUUUGAAAUCCGAGUGGAACAGGCAGAGUUUUCAGAACUGAACUUGGCUUCAUAUGUAGGCGCUGGCUGUAUGGUGGACAUGCAAGUCAUAAGGAAUGGCACCAAAGUGGUCAGAUCCUUCAAGCCUGACUUUGUUCUCAUCCGGCAGCAUGCUUACAGCAUGGCAUUAGGAGAGGACUUCCGCAGCCUCAUCAUCGGCCUCCAAUAUGGCGGAGUCCACAGUGUCAACUCUCUUUUCUCCAUCUACAAUUUUUGCAGCAAGCCCUGGGUGUUCUCUCAGCUAAUUAAAAUCUUCAACUCUCUGGGUCCUGAGAAGUUCCCUCUUGUGGAGCAAACCUUCUUUCCAAGCCAUAAACAGAUGCUCACAACUCCAGCUUUCCCUGUUGUCGUCAAGCUGGGACAUGCUCAUGCUGGAAUGGGGAAGGUGAAAGUUGAGAACCAGCUUGACUUCCAAGACAUCGCAAGCGUGGUAGCCAUGGCCAAAACGUACGUCACGACGGAGACUUUCAUUGAUUCCAAAUAUGAUAUUCGAAUCCAGAAAAUUGGCAACAAUUACAAAGCUUACAUGAGGACAUCGAUCUCUGGAAACUGGAAAGCAAACACAGGUUCUGCCAUGUUGGAACAGAUCGCCAUGACUGAGAGAUAUCGACUCUGGGCAGAUUCCGUUGCAGAGAUGUUUGGAGGCCUUGACAUCUGUGCAGUCAAAGCUGUUCACAGCAAGGAUGGAAAAGAUUAUAUAAUUGAGGUGAUGGACAGCUCAAUGCCUCUGAUUGGGGAGCAUGUGGAGGAAGACAGACAACUAAUUGUGGACCUGGUUAUCUCCAGAAUGGCGCAGGCCUGCCUGAGUGUGGGGUCGUCCCCUUCACCUCUUCGGCCUUGGCCUCAGUCAGCGAAAUCACAGAUGCAGACUCAGGCAGGACCUCAGCUUGGACCACUUUCCCAACCCCGACCACCUCCUCAAGGGGGUCCACGCCAGCCUCAGGGAUCACAGCCAGCCCGGACGGCAACUCCACCCCAGCAAAGGCUCUCUCCCCAGGGUCAGCAACCUGUGAGCCCCCUGUCCACUUCACCACAGCAACAGAGGUCUCCUGGAUCUCCCCAGCAAACUAGAUCAUCCGCCGGAAGCUCACCAAGCCAGCCUUCCAAACCAGGCACCUUCCCCCCACAGCAGCCUAGACCUCCAGCCCAAGGACGGGCUCCCAGCCAGCAAGGCUCCGGCGAACCAGCCAGGCAGCAGGCUCCUCCUCAUCCUCAUCUAAACAAGUCACAGUCCCUGACAAACACUUUCAGCCUCUCAGAAUCCUCACAGCGGGGAGUAGCCAAUGAAGAUGAGGCAAAAGCUGAAACCAUCCGCAACCUGAGGAAGUCGUUUGCUAGCCUGUUUUCCGAUUAAUCCCUGUGCAUAAAAUGAGAGCAAUUGCUGGGGGGGGGGGGGGGUUACUUUUGCAGAUUCGUUUUUUUCUGUGUUUACCUUGAACUUCCCCAGGAGCGUCUAGAGUAGUUUCUUGUAAAACCUAUUCUCAUGCACAGCAAAAAGAGGGCGGGGUCUUGUGCACCCACCCAUGCUCCAGGCCCCCCCUACUUGCAUCCAUCCCCUAGAACAGGGGUCAGCAAACUUUUUCAGCAGGGGGCCGGUCCACUGUCCCUCAGACCUUGUGGGGGGCCGGACUAUAUUUUGGAAAAAAAUAUGAACAAAUUCCUAUGCCCCACAAAUAACCCAGAGAUGCAUUUUAAAUAAAAGGACCACAUUCUACUCAUGUAUAAACACCAGGCAGGCCCCACAAAUAAACCAGAUAUGCAUUUUAAAUAAAAGGACACAUUCUACUCAUGUAAAAACAUGCUUAUUUCUGGACCGUCCACGGGCCGGAUUUAGAAGGUGAUUGGGCCGCAUCCGGCCCCCGGGCCUUAGUUUGGGGUCCCCUGCCCUAGAACAUCAGAACAAAGGCCUGCUAUGCACAUUCUUUACUCCCUACCUCAGGUUUGAGGAGUAAAGGGUACAUAUCUUGCAGUACAUGUGAAGUUCUUCAAACUUCUAAAACUGCUAUUUAGGCCAGGGAUGAGGAACAUUUUUUUCCCCAUCAAGAGCCACAUUCCAUUGGAGGCAGUUUUAAUAAUGGCACUGUUGUCCUUUUCUCUGCCACACUUUUUGCUGAUUCCUCCCCCUACUCCCACCCCUUAGCAUCCACAUUUAGGCCAAGGUCUGAACAUGAACCUUCAGCCACAGGUUUCCCAGCAGACAUAUGGAUGGACAAGAGCCUGUGGCAGAUGGGGUGAACUGCUACUGUUCAUUCACCUUACGAAUGGCACUGUGUGCAAACAAGUUCAGAUUCUGCAAACAGAAUCCCUUGAAGCUGUCUUUCUGGGUGUCCUUUUCACAGCACCUUAAGCAUCAGUAUUUUAGUUUAAUCAGUUUGAAGGAUCACAGCACUGAUACAUAUUUUUUUUUAAAAAAAGAACCUCUGCUAUGCAACAGGCUUUC